AUGACGCUAAACCGAGACGAAUACUCGGAUCUAUUAGUUGGUGCCGUCAAGGUCAGGGAGAAGUUGACGGCCGAUACAAGACGCCCCAAUACCCCAGUACGCGUGCUAGUUCUUCAGGCCAAUCUCCUAGAUCGCCUCACUCACCGAUUGGAGCGACUACUGGAGGAUGUGGCCAUCGAACGAUAUAACAGAGGUCUGCGGGCCAGACCUGAUGAAGGGGAAAGUUUCCGCUUUGGGUUUUCCAAUGCGAGAUCUAAUUGUAACGAUGCUAUUGCUGACGAAUACGCAGAUUUCGCUAAUGUUUCUGAGAGGUAG